AUGGCCAAGGCAUCCCUGCACCCGCUCGCAUUGCUUCUGUUGGGUCUCCCCUUCCUGGCCUUUGCAGAGGAUGUUCCUGUCAUGACAGAUGUCGACGUCACAAAGCUGGCUGGAAAGUGGUACCCGGUAAAGACCAUGAAGGCAGGCUCUGAUCCAAUUGAAAUCUAUGCCUUCACUCUAGAGCCCACAGCUGAUGGAAGCAUCAUAACAAACGUAGAGAUCCCUAAGGAUGGAGUCUGCACCAUUAAAAAGACAACCGGUACCAAGAAAAGUCCUGGGGUCUUCACCUCAUCAGAUGGAGAGGCCACCAUCAUGGACACGGACUACAAGACCUACCUCUUCACACAUUUAUCCACUGGCAACCUGCGCGUCCUGGAACUCUAUGGCCGAAAAAAGAAAGUGCCUAAGAAGAUUAAGAAGAAGUUCAAAGCCUUGGUCAAAAAAGUGGGGCUGAAGCCAGCACGUCGCUUGAAAGUGCGGAAGAAAGAUCCCUAA